AUGAAGACCAUCGUUAUCAUUCUCGCGCUCGCCGCCACCAUGAUCUCUGCUGUGCCCGCCACAAAUGAAGGCAACAAACUUAUGGCUCGUGAUCCAAAUUGCGACUUCUGCUUCCAACGCUUCGACUUCUGCGUUAAGAACGGCCAUACUGAGGGACAGACCGGUUGCAAGCAGACUUGCGUUGAGCAUGUUUGCCAUGUGUACCGCUACCAAGGCCAUGAGUGCAAGAACUGCGGUGGUGUAUUCGAUAAAUGCCGUGCGAAGUCGCGCUACGCCUUCUAG